AUCCACAUACAAAUACAAACCAUGGCUGAUAAAUUUCCAGAAAUAGAAACCAUCGGAGAAGACUUACCUCAAGACGAGCAAUUGGACGAUUCGGAUUUCUUAACUCGUGAACGACAAUUAGUGGGUGAUCAAUUCACCACCGAGCAAGACAAGGAUGUUUGGGCCGACGAAGAUGACGAUAUAAAUGAAUUCAAGGAACAAUUCCCUGAAGUUGACGAUUCUGCCCCUGUUCAAGUUCCUGAAGUUGCUCAGGAUGAGGAAGAAGAGGAUGAAUUUGAAGCCUUUGGCGGUGCUGCUGCUCCUGCCAGCGACAAAUACCAGGGUGAAUCACAAGCUUUGAAGGAAUGGAAGGAACGUCGUGAUUUGGAAAUUUCGGAAAGAGAAAAGGCUAAUGCUAAGACCAAGGAAGAUAUUAUAUCCAAGGCCAAGCAAACCAUUGAUGACUUCUAUGACAAUUACAAUUUGAAGAGAGAAGAACAUUCCAAACAGGUGUUGAAGGAACAAGAGCAAUACUUGGAAAAGAGAGAUGGUUUUUUGAAAAGAGGCACUUUGUGGGAUAGAGUCAAUGAAUUGGUGGAAGAAGUUGGUGAAUUGCCAGAAAACGAAGAUAGAGACAAGUCAAGAUUUAAAGGUUUGUUAACUAAAUUAAAGGGUAAAGAAUCUGCACCAGGUGCAGGUGGUUACUAAGUAUAUAAAGUUUUAGAUUUAUAGUAUAUCACAUGAUACAAUCUACCAUUCUGAUCAUUGUAUUGUCCUUGAGUCUUUGAUAAUUAUCUGGAUCUUGCUGUUUGUUCUUUUUGAUAUAAUCAUUUAAAUUCAUUACUUUGAAAACACCAAAACACAUCAACAAUGUUUCAAGUCUUAUCCAGUUCUUUAAUUUCAUUAUUUUAAACAGUGGAUGGUUCUCUUUGGUGAUUCUCCACUUGGAUAGUAAUAUCAAUCGGAAUAAAUACAAGUCCAAGUCGUUUAACCAGGAUUUACUAAUUGUCCUUAUAUUUUCAGUUUCAUCCUCCUCCUCAUCUUUGUAACCUAACGCGGGGACAACAUUAAGUGCAUUCAAGUAAAGAGUCAAAAAUGCAGCAACAAAUCCAAUUGUCUUGGUAUAACUCUUAAAAAACAACUUAUAGUUUCUCUUGUAAAGUUUUUGUAACGUGUUUUUAGGAAUAUCUCCCUUGGGUUUCAAUAAUCUGAACAUUGGCGAAGUCAAGGUAAUCAACAAAAUUGCAAUCAUAUUUGGAGCAUAGAUGAAAUUAACGAUUGAAUUAGCUCUAUGGAAAUUAUACGUCCAGUAGUUCAAAACCACGCUCAAUUCUGUUUCAUUACGUUUCUUGUAUUUCACUUCGUAAAGCCUGUCCAAUAACCUGGUCUUUAUAGUAAGUAACCCGAGAAAGCCGAUUAUAACGUAAUUUUGGAUUAAGUAGUUUCUCAAUAGACUAAUCCAGUUUAAUCGGGCAUGAUUGACACCCAAUGAAAAGUUCUUCCAGAUUGGAGCGAAUAUUCUUGAUUUAAUACUUGAUGAUAAGUAUCGUUGGUUUAACUUGUAAAGUAGUUACUUAACAAUUGAGC